AUGUCGCGAAACCCCAACCUGCCCAUGAGCAUCGACGCCAUGCUCGACAUGGAGCGCGAGGAGGUGCUGGCUCUGCUCGAGAAUAAGAAGUCGGGCGGCGCUGGAGGCGCCAUGCGAUCGAGCUCCCCGUACACGAACGCCCCGCGCUCCCCUGUCCGGAGCAUGCUGGAUGUAGGCGACGACGAUGCAGGCUCUGCGCAUGGGCGUACGAGCCCGGCGCCGCAGCCUCCCGUGCGAAGCAUGCUCGACAUUGACGGGGCGCCACCCGCUGCCCGGCCCGGCCGCAGCAUGCUUGACGUCGGCGGCCCUGCUGCCAUGCGGCCCAGCUCCCAGACCCGAUCAGCAUACAACAGAAGCACGCCCAGCUCGCCCACCAUGGCCAAUGCAUCGAUUUAUAGAAGCUCUAACCAACCCCCAACCUCCAGACUGCACCCGCGAAGCUCUUCUGAUGCGGCAUUCAAGCCUGCCGAAUUUGGACCUCGAAAGUCGCUGGGAAGCAAUGACCGCGUCUCAGAGUAUCAAUUUUCUGGCAUCCUGCCUAGCAGUGCCUCGGGGAACCUCAUACCCAAGCGGUCGUCACAGAACAAAAAACCCUCUGGGGGCAGCUCGCUAGUCGACGCGCUGCGAGGUUAUGAUUUCAGCGGCCUCCAGCUUCCAAGUCGUGCUAGGAACUCGUCAGCUAACCGCCCUGGAUACCACCAGUCCAAGUCCCCGCACAACCGCUGGAAUGAUCGAUCCAAGUCACCAGCUGUACCGCGCGACUCCAACCAGGUCAUGCUCGGCGAUGGGCGAAUUGUGGACAUGAAUAACGCAUACAGAAGGCUCUCAGACGCAAACCUGGCCUUUUCUUCCGGCAGCCUCUCCCAGCUUCCCAUGCGGAAACGAUCCGACGACGCGGGAGCUGGACGCCUGAUCAAAGACUAUCUCGGCCCCGAUGGCGAGCACCUCGAGUCUAGUGACGACGACGAGCCGCUUUCAUCGGAUGACGAGGAUCGUGGCCGUAAGAAGGCUCCACGCUCUCUGAACCCCGAUGCAAAGGGUGAGGCCGACGAAGACAAGUCUCGCUCCCGCUCUGGUGGUAGCAAGCGCGCGGCUCUGAGUCUCCUUGCCGCGGCUGAUGAGGACCGCUCCAACAUCGCAUCGCAGCAGAGCUACCAAUACAGGUCUCUUUUGGAGCCGGAAAUCAAGGUGACAAACACGUCUGGUGAGACGGUCAAGCCUAGUAAGACGGGCGUACACCCUCACACGAGCUACGACCACAAUCCGCAUUCCGCUACGCAAUCUGUUGUCGACUCGGACGAAGAGGCAGACGUGGACGAUAUCAAGCGAGCACAGAAGCUGUCGUUUACCAUGACGAAUGCUCUACACAACCCCGAGGCACACAGGUCCAUCCGCAUCAUUUACCGCGGCGAAUAUCACAAGAUAGCGCAGAGCGCCGAGGACGAGCACCACCGGCUGCGCAAGUACCUGGUGGCGACGGAUCUGAGCGACGAGUCGACGCAUGCGCUGGAGUGGGCGAUAGGAACGGUCAUUCGCGACGGCGACACGCUGAUUGCGAUUUACUGCGUGGACGAGGAGACGGGCGUGACCGGGGACGGGGUGCAGGUGCCCGAUGACGUGGCGGCCAUGAAGGAGCAGGCGGCGGCCAUCAACACGGUGACCAACACCAGGGUGUCACCGGCGCCACUCAGCCCGGUGACGGAGUUCAAAAAGAUGCACCGGCGCGACGACUCGUCGGGGACAACGGGCAGCAAAUCGCCGGCGCCGGUGGCGCGCAGCGACAGGACCAAGGCGGAGGAGGAGCGGGAGCGGGCGAUUCAGGUCAUGACGGAAAAGAUUCUGCGACUUCUCCGAAAGACGAAGCUGCAGGUGCGCGUGAUUGUCGAGGUGCUGCACUGCAAGAACCCGCGCCACCUGAUUACGGAGGUGAUUGACUUGGUGAACCCGACACUGGUGGUGAUUGGCAGCCGAGGCCGAAGUGCCCUCAAGGGCGUCAUUCUGGGUUCGUUUUCCAAUUACCUGGUGACCAAGAGCUCGGUGCCGGUCAUGGUUGCGAGGAAACGGCUGCGAAAGCAGAGCAAGUACAAGCAAAAAGCAAUUCGGCAGGUCAACAACCUGAGCAACCCAACAGCGCGAAGCCUGGCGAGCGCCAAGAUUGACUAA